AUGGAUCAUUUGAAAGUAUGGGAAAAAGAUGUUGAACAUGGUGGAAGUAAAUUUGAUAAAUAUCAUGUGAUUGAUUCUUGGACGUAUGACCGCUUCGUCGAGGCAAGACAAAAUUAUCAACAAGUGACUACACGAAAUUUGCAGCAAUGGGCUUUAGCUGCAGCCAGCCAGUUUCCUAAUCUUCAAUUUACAGCGUCCGACCCAUGGGUAAAAAAAUUUAAACAAAGACACAACAUUCGUCAACGCAAAAUUACAAAAUUUGUAACAGACAAAGAAGUUCACACCAUGCCAGAAAUUAUCGCCUCUGCAGAAAUGUUUCGCAUUCAAACAAAACAAUUGAUAUCUAACUUCGAUAGUGACUUCGUUAUUAAUACAGAUCAAACAGGAUGUCAAUACCAAUCAAUGUUUAAUAGGACACUGACGGAAAAAGGAAGCAAAACAGUGUUUGCAAAAGUACAAGACAUGACCAAGGUGUCACACUCAUAUACUGCACAAUAUAGCAUAACAUUAUCUGGAAAAUUACUACCACAUGUUUUUAUUUGUUUGCAAGAGCCUACAGGUGAUUUUGGGCCAAGAAUAAAGAAAAACGUAGAAGAAUAUUUAAAAAAAUACAAAAAUGUUAUUGUCACAUCAUCAAAAUCAGGAAAACUGACAACUACUCUCUAUAAAAAUUUUCUAGAGAAAUGUUUAAUGCCAUAUGUUCAAAAAAAUAAAUUUCUUUUAAUUAUUGACUCGUGGACAGGACAAGUGAAGCCAGAAUUAUAUGAUGAAAUAUUUCAGGAUGAUAAAAAAAUGCCUACAUGCACAUUUAAAGUUAUACCUCCAAAAUGUACUCCGUAG